ACAGUGUCAUCAGCUAAUUAAUGCCAAUAUCACGGGAACUAGGCACCGAAUACUCAAAAAAAAAGAAGAACAUUAGUCCCAAUUUUCUUUCGGAUUUCGUUAAUUAAAUUGUAUAAAUUUUAUUCGUUUAAUUGAUUCGGUGGAUCGAGUGCGGUGUUUUACGUUUCACAUUUUAACUAUUCCAAUUCAUAUCAAUCAAAUUUUAUUGUAAAUCAUGUGGUCCGAUACAGUACUGAUUAUAUUUAUUUCGUUGUGUACGGCAUUUUUGGGUGAAGGAUUGACGUGGCUGCUAGUCUAUCGAACAGAUAAAUUUCAAAAACUAAAGACUGAAAUCGAAAAACAAAGCAAAAAAUUGGAAAAGCGGAAAGAGACGUUGGGCGAUUCGCUGGACAAGCAACACAAGAAGAAAAUCGAACGUGAUGAAGAAAAACUGAAGAAUAAUAAUCGAGAUUUGUCUUUGGUGAAGAUGAAGUCAAUGUUGGCCACCGGUUUUGCGUUCACUGCUCUUCUCAGCAUGUUCAACAGCAUUUUUGAUGGUCGAAUUGUAGCUCGAUUGCCGUUUUUGCCGAUAUCAUGGAUCCAAGGUUUGAGCCAUCGAAAUUUGCCCGGCGAUGACUACACUGAAUGUUCCUUCAUAUUUUUGUACAUUCUCUGCACCAUGUCAAUCCGACAGAAUAUCCAGAAAUUGCUCGGUUUUGCACCAUCACGAGCAGCUAGCAAACAAAGUGGCGGUCUCUUUGGCGCUGCACCUGGCCAAUUUAAAUAAGCCAUGCUCUGCCAUCCAACUACUCAAAAUACGUGUAUUUUUCACUAAAUGCAAUAAAAUGCCAAGAAAAUGAUUAAACAGAACAAAGAAAAAAGUCGAAACGAAGCGAAACCAACGUUUAAGGUGAAUUUAGAUGAAAUUUAAGUAAAUAAUAAUAAAGAAAAAAUUGUACUUGGAAUCAAUCGAAACAAAAACAGAAAAACUAUUCAACGUACAAAAUAAACGAAUUGAAACUAA